ACUCUUUGGCUUGGCCGUGUCUUUCAGGUGUGCAUCCGGAGCUCUUUCAGGGAGCUCUACCUGUGGGAGUGACAGCUGAAAAAGUGAAGGGUGAUAAACAAGGCAAGGAAGAGGCUCUGUGAGGGAGAACCUGUUGUCGUGGGAGGCUCUAGCGGAAGACGGAUGCUAUUUUGGAAAUAUUAGGAAGUUUUCCGGAUCACUAGAACACGCGACACAUUUCCAAAGCAUUUGGGUGUGUUUGCAUGUCCUUCCCAGCACAAGACCUAUCAUUAAAAAGUGGGUGCUCCAUUAUACUAGCAAAGUUAAUAGCUAAAUUAUUCCUCCCACUGGCAUACUUUUGUUCCGAUUAGUAAGUCACUUGGCCGCCGAGUCUCCACCCUUCCCUCGGUGCACGCGCUCCCUGUCGGUGUUGAACUCCACCAGUCGUCCAAAGCAAGUUAGUAAGAGGGAAAUGGAGUCACAGAGCAGGUAGAGACGUUCUCUCGAUAUUAAGCUUCUGGGUCACAGGUAAGUUCCGUGUCAGUGCAUCCCAGACAAAAGCAGUGGCACAGAAUGGACGAGAGCCUCUCGCUUGGGUGGUCUUAGUGCCAGCAGCCCUCAGUGGCCAAGCGUCCCCUCCUUGCCUCCAGGCAGCAUCCCAUAAAUACUGGCAAGAGCAAGGGACCGAGUGUCCCGGCAGUGGGGAUUAGGCUGGUAACUGCUAGAAAUGAAUGACCCGCCAGAUAGAGUUUGGACCGUCAGUACGAGGCAAAUUAUUAAAAUGGAACUUUAUCAAGCCACGCACAACUGCAUGAAGGAAACAUGAAAAGCUGAAAACCUCCACCAUAUUUGGAAUGAAUGCUGAGGGUCGAGGGUGCAAAUCUAUAGAGAAAAUGGAUGUUUUGGAGUACUUGCAACACCAAAUCCAAGGCUCUUGUGUUAGCUUCGCCUGCUCUGGAAGCAGGCCCCUGUGGGCGGACCCCCGCUGGCCCCUUCCGCCAAUGCCCCUGAAGCCCUCCCUCCGUGUGCCUGCCCCAUCACCCGGCUCACCCCGCUAGGCGUUGCUACGUGCGUUCAUCCCUUGGGAAGACAACAAUGGGCCACCACAUGGUGGGUGAGACCAGAGAGGAAGCCGGGGCUGAAGGGUGUGCUUGGCAUCCGCACGGAAUGCGAAUGUGACUCGGGGAAGGAGUGCCGUUUCUCGGCCUGCUCUUUGGGCUGAACUGUUCGCUCGCUGUUGGACGGGGGAAUGCAGCCCCGGCACAGCAAUGCUGCCAUUCCUGUAUGCACGUUGUCAAGCGAUGUGAGCAGACGCUCCAGCAGCCUGUCUCUGCAUCAUGUGAGCUUUUUCGAGGAAAUGCUGUGUUUGUGCCAACAGAGACGCUGGGAGAGAUUGAGAGAAGCAGUGUCGAACCACUGGGGAACGGCAGAGUGAAAUCUCUACCAAAAUGCUGCACCCCAGAGAGUAUCAAGGAGGGGGAGUCCGAGCUGCUGGUCUGCUCACCUUCGUGAGGAAAGAUAGGAAGCCCAACGUCUGCCGGCUGCGCUUGACGGUGCCCCCCGAGGAUGUGGAGAGUAAAGGGGAAAGGACAAAAAAGCAACUGUAUCACAUCCCCAAUGGAUGUUCUGCGGGGACCCUCUCGCACGGGGUGGUGUACGGCGUGGUGCACAGGUCUGACGAUAACCACAAUAAAGAAAUGGUGGUUUACGGAUGGUCCACUCAGCAGCUGAAAGAAGAAAUGAAAUAUAUAAGAGAUGUGAGAUUAACUUUGGAAAAAGUAAGAAAGAAAAUGUAUGGAGAAUAUGAUGAAAUGAAACGCAAAAUUCAAGAGCUUACGAGUGAACUGGCAGUGUCAAGCGCUCAGCAGGCAUCUUUGGGAAAUUCCGUAGAAGUUCAGUCUGCAGCCCUGGACAGCUUCAGCCAAAUAAAUAGCUCAUUAACAGCAACCUCGUUUGAGUUGCAGAAAACCUUAGUUGACGUUGCCUUGGAGAAUACAGUCAUACAAGAUCAGAUAAAGAAUCUAAAGCAAACCCAUGAGCAAUCUAUGGAAAAACUGAAGGAAAAGCAGAAGCAGCUGGAGGCUGCCAGGGUUGAAAAUGAAUUGCUCAAACUCAAGGUAGAAUGUUCGCAAGAAGCCAAUGCAGAAGUAAUGAGAGAGAUGACCAGGAAACUUUACAGUCAAUACGAGGAGAAGCUGCAAGAAGAAGAGCGGAAACAUAACCUUGAGAGAGAAACCCUCAUAGCUGAAACAAACAGACUGCUUCUGGCCAUCGAAGAGGCCAACAAAAAGAUGAGGCUGACGGAGACGAGUUUGAAAGAAAAGGACCGAAGGAUCGGGGAGCUGGAUCGGUUCAUCGAGCGCAUGGAAGAGGAGCGCCUUCAUCUGCAGAAACAACUCCUGGAGUAUGAAACGCAGCUACCUGGAGCCAACCUGCAGGGCCCGCUGGGCAGACACAGGUCAUACCAGUUGGAAGAGGCCACCGCUAGUCUGCGAGAGCGAAUCAAGCACCUGGACGAUAUGGUUCUCUGCCAACAGAAGAAAGUCAAGCGCAUGGUUGAGGAGAUUGAGCUGCAAAAAAGAAAGAUGAAGCAAAAGGAACUGUUUAUAUUGCAGCUUUUAGAAAAAAUAUCUUUCCUUGAAGGAGAGAACAAAGAACUUCAAGACCGGUUAGAUUAUUUGAUGGAGACUCGGAGAAAGGAGGAUGUUGCAACCAGAGAUGUCGGAGUGGGUUGUGACCUGACACCAAGGAAAUUUAUUUGCAGACUUCCAGAUAAAGGUAAAAAGAUCUCUGAUUUUGCUGAGAAACUGAGGAUUGUUAUAGCCCAAGAGGAAGAGCUAAAGAGGACGACUAAGCUUUUAUCAGCUGUUAAGUUAGAGUUCCAGGGAAAACAAGAGGCUGUUGAAUCCAAGAAAUGGAAUGCUGUUGUCAACAGUGACAAGUCACCAUGUGAAGAUUCAUCUCUUUGUGUUCCGUGUUCUGCUCAUAACAUUAGCAAUGAUGUCCAGCCGGCCUUGCACAGCAAGCAAAACCUUUGGACUGAGAAGAGAAGCACAACAAAUAAAAUGGAAGGAGUUCAGCAGAUUCUUGAGGACUCCUGUAUUCCUCAAGGAAGUAAAAAUGUUUUGGAGGCAUUUGCAGCCAGGCUUCCAGGAGAUGCUGCAAAGGACCCUGAACACAAUUCUUUAGGCAGAACUGAAAAUCCAGCACUGUCUGCCAGUGAGAACAGUGAGGCUUUGAAUGAUGCUUUUGCAAGCAUUUCUCUUGGGCAGAGAGAAUGUGAGGAAAACACGGAUGGACAGGAUGCUAAAUGUGAAAGCAGCCUUUUUCUAAACCUUCCAGACAAGAUACCCCAAACUUCACAUUACACUGAAGUGGUAGAACAUAAAGAAAAGAACCCAGUCAUACAGAGAAGCAAAUUCAAAACCAAUGUACCUGCAGUCAAGCGGAGUGUAUCGCCUCGGGGCUCUCCAGAUAUCCCCUUGCCAGGAGCAUCCUCCUCUUCCAUGUCCAGUGAGGAAAGGCGUCGCAGAGAUAAGAAGCACUUGGAUGACAUCACAGCUGCCCGGUCGCGCCCUCUUCUUCAUGAGCCUGCCCGGCUGCUCUCCAUUGAAGAAUCAGUAAUGAUUCAGAUCCAGCAAAAGGCAGCAUAUGAGGAACUGCAAGCCAAGGUCGCAGCCCAAAAGCUGGCAGAAAGGUUGGGCAUCAAGAUGGCCCGUUAUGAGCCGGAGGGGGAGAUGACCAGCUUCCGGGAAGUGAGGGACGAAGAUGGCUACAGCUCGUCCGAGGACUGAAUUCGAAGCAGAGCCUGCAGACGGAGGCCAGGGUCUCCUUAGGGCCUUAUAAAGAUGCAAAGCCAAGCGCGAUUGUGUCAUGGUCUUGUGGGCCGCCACAUUUUGGCCAGCAAAUGCUGGAAGGGCUCCUGGACCAGAGGCCCCAGGGCACUGUGGAUGCGCACAGACCCCUCGGCUCUUCCCUGUUGCCCGCUAAGGGUGUUGGUGGGCCUGGGGACUUGCACGGUGCAGGAAUGGUCCCCGGUGGCUCGAGUCCCUUGGCCCCUGGCGGGAGCAAGCCCUGUCCCCUGCACCCCGAGCCAGCGAAUAGCCGCGGCACAGCCAUGUUGCGCCAGGUGUCCUCCGGCCUCCCUUCCUGCAGUGGCUCCUCCCAAGCACUUGAGUGACGUUCCGUUGUAUAUAAGAUGAUAAAUUUUCUAUUCAAA